GAUCAAUGUAGAUCGACCAAUCAACGACGGGAUAGACGACAGGCCUGCCUUUUAUAAUUAUACCUACACCUACCCAAAUUGUUUGCAUUUUACAUCCGCAGGUGAUCCACAGUCUGUGGGGAAUACAUAUGUUUUUGUGUUCUAUGUUCCACGUGAUCGUGAUCCCAUGAUCCAUGACGUUUCCCGGGAAUUAGGAGGUUAUGUGAUGCUGCCGCUUUGUUUAUUUUGAUUUCAUGUGGAUAUCAUAUUAAAAAAAUCAAUGAUUAUCAGUGAUGAAUUGUAUUAUACCAGGACCAAACAUCAAAAUACUCUCGAAAGCACUACAUGCCUUGGCCAAAGUGGGGGAUGAACUUUUCAUUGAAGCUAGAAGAGAGAAACUGGUCUUCAUAUCUUUAAAUUUGAGGAAAACAGUUUGCGUGAAGUAUUAUUUCUUAGAUAGCUUCUUUUCAAGCUAUGUAGUUGUUGAAGAUGCACUGAAUGACCAAAAUGAAGCCAUAACUUGUAAAAUACACAUUAAAACGAUACUACCCCUAUUUAAGGGAAUCCACUUAGAAAAAAAGCUCGACUAUAUUAAGUUAGAUCAUGAAGCGAACAGUGAUAAAAUAACAUUGAGAAUGAAAUAUAAAUGUGAUGAUAUUAUAAUGAUACACAGCUUAAAGCUUAUGGAACCAGCUAUAUUGACUAUCGAUGUGAAACCUGAUUCAGGAUGUAAUAAUAUUUUAACAACUAGUUCAUGCUAUAACCAGUUACUAGGCAUGUUCAGUUCUUCAGAUGAUGAAAUCACAUUGGAGAUUUCGAAAAACAAGAUGAAUGCAAAGAAUUAUUGCACAGGUGCACCAGUAAAACCUAAACAUGUUCGAAGCCAGGUAAAUCUGAAUGGAUCAGAGUUCAGUAUUUUUGAAAUCAAGGCUGAGACUGUUGUUAAUUUUUCUUUGAAACCAUUUCGAACUGCUAUACAGUUUGCGGAGGGAUUGAAUAUGAACAUAGGGCUGAAUUUUGAUAAAGGAGGACGCCCUCUUGCCAUCAUCAUGAAAAAUCCGACAUUUGAAGUAAUUUUCAUUGUCGCGACUUUGAAUCCGUACAGUGAUUUACAUAGCACCUUAUCGACAGGCUCUAUUCCCGCCAAAAUUACGCAACUCAAUGGAGAACAAUUGAAUUUGUCUCAAGAGGACAGGGACGCUUUGAUGAACGAGAACUGGGAUGACUUUAACGUAGAAGAGAAAAUUUCUAAUAAAGGAAAGGGCAGAAAGAGAAAUAACAAAUUCAUGUCCAUUGUUGAAAAGGCAAAAAGUAAAUCUAGUGACAGUAAUCGAGAGGUAUCUCGAAAAGGUGAUGAAGUAAAUGAUCUGUCGGAGCCUGAAGAAUCUCGCGAGGCAGUUGAAGAAGUUUUGGAAGCCUCGCAACGUUCUUUGUCGCCAGUGGCGAAGAAGGCAAAGUUGGUUUUUAGGAGAUGUCUGGAAGCAACGUUUAGGCCCAAUUGUUUAGGUGAUGUUAUUGCUCCAAACUCCGAUUCAGAGUAAUAUUUUUCAAAGAAUAACUAAGUUCUACUAUGCAAUGUACUCAAGACAAGAAUAUUGAGGGGUUCAUGGUAACUGUCGUCUUACCAAUACCCCUACUACGAGUAAAGCAUCACUGUCACUAUGUGGUUCAUCCGCAUUAAUAGUUGUUAUAGAUGUAUAUUUAUUGAUAUAUGUAUGUGUAGUAUUUAUGUAAUUAAUAUUUUUAUAUGGAAAGUAGAUCUUUGUUACGAACAAAAAAAUAAAUCAUUUUCUAACAAAA